AUGAUCGAUGAGAAGUGUUCCAAUAACUGGAAUCCCACCACCUACAUGAAUGCUGACAUAAUCCUAGGUGCAUUUAUCCCCAUUUACGUCACCCAAGAUUUACAAGACCAAUUCCUGAUACCUUUUAAGAAAAAACCGAAUCUUUUUGACGCCAUGAUGGGGAAAUGGAAAAACUACCAAUAUUUGCUGACUUUAUACUUUGCCAUUGAAGAGAUCAAUAAGGAUGCCCACCUGCUUCCCAAUGUAACCUUGGGAUUCCACCUCUACAAUGCCUUUCACUCUCACCGAAGAACUUUAGAGGGCCCUCUGAUGUGGUUGUCUGAAAGGCGUGAGUUUAUUCCUAACUACAAAUGCAAAACUCAACACAAAGCGCUUGGAAUCAUUGCGGGAAUCAGGCCUGAAUUUUCUGCUGCAAUUGGAACUCUUUUGGAACUCUACAAAAUUCCACAAGUAAGUUUUGCAACACUGAUUACUGUCACUCACGGAAUCUUUUAUUCUGUGCUAAGUGACAAAGAUACAUUCCCAUCCAUGUACCAGAUUUCUCCUCAAGACAAAGGUCUGACCCAAGGGAUGAUCUUUUUAUUGCUGCACUUUGGCUGGAAGUGGGUGGGGAUCAUUGUGGCUGAUGACCUAAAAGGAAAGGAGUUCCUCUCUGACCUGACAGCAGAGCUUGCUUCAGAAGAUAUAUGUGUGGCUUUUACAGAAAAAAUACCAACUUAUAUGAAAGUGGAGUUACUGUUUGGUGGUGGAUUGGUGAAUUUGAGCCAACAUACAAAAGUAAAUGUGCAUGUGUUCUAUGGGGAUAUAGAUGAUGUCCUGUUUUUCUACAUACUAAAUGAAAUUAGGUCAAAUAGAAAGAAGAUGUGGAUCAUGGCAAAGCCGCACUUUGUUUACUUACAGUCUGUAUUUUAUAAGUGGAUUGGUUUGAUGUCCUUUUUUGAAGGUAGCUUCUCAUUUUCAAAGAACAGAAAUAUCCCUGGCUUCAAGCACUUUAUCCAGGCACUUACACCCUCACAGUACCCAGGUGAUAUUUACUUCCAUAAAUUCUGGCUGGACAAUUUUCACUGUUCACCUUCUCCUUUGCUAUGUGGAGGUCAAGAACUCUGCCCACUGAAUAUAUCGCUAAAGAAUAAACAGGAAAUACAGGUUUUGAUGAUCACUUCUGAGCCCAGCGUUUCCAUAUGGAAUGCAGUGUAUGCAGUGGCCCAUGCCCUCCAUGAAAUGCUUUUGAGUAAAACAGAAAUAGAUUUUCACAAAGACAUAAACCAGGACAGGCUUCUACCUUGGCAGCUUCAUCCAUUUCUGAGGAAAAUUCAGUUUACGAAUGCUGCUGGAGACCAAAUAUGCUUUGAUGAGAAGAAGAAUCCUAUGGAAAAGUAUGAUAUACAAAACUUUGUGGGAUAUACUAAUCAUGAUUCAUUUGUAGUUAAAGUAGGAGAGUUUGUCUCCAAAAGUCCACAAGAUAAAGGCUUGUUCAUCAAUGAAGUUCUGAUCAAGUGGCCAAGCAACUUCAAUCAG